GAAAAAGACGCCAAACAAGGCGAAAGUGUUAACCAAGUCUAUGGUUUUAUCUGUUGGUGGAGAAAAUCGCACUAAAAUGUUUUGUUUUACAAUUUAAACUGACACAAGUUACUCGCUUUUAACCGGGCUUUUGUUAAAGCCGUUUCCGUAGUGGGAUUGUCAACUUACCGCCCGAGUCGCUAGUCUGGUUCCAUUGCAGCCCGGGGCGGUUUUGCCCAUAACAACCUCCACUUCUGUCAAUGGCGAGCCGCGGCGGAGGAGAAACCAGGCCCAACAGCGCUACGGCAGCAGCAAACAAAGAUUUCCAGUUCAAGCUGGUGCUGCUGGGGGAAUCGGCGGUGGGCAAGUCGAGUCUGGUGCUGCGCUUUGUUAAAGGCCUGUUCCACGAAUACCAGGAAAGUACCAUCGGCGCUGCCUACCAGAAUAAGACCGUCAGCUUGGAUGACGUCACGGUCAAGUUUGACAUCUGGGACACGGCAGGUCAAGAGCGCUACCACAGCUUGGCCCCCAUGUAUUACAGAGGAGCGCAGGCGGCCAUCAUUGUCUAUGACAUCACCAAUGUGGAGACGUUUGCACGUGCUCAGAAUUGGGUGAAGGAGCUGCAGAGACAAGCCAACUCCAAGAUCGUGAUGGCUUUGGCUGGCAACAAGGCGGACAUGGCGGACAAGAGAGCGGUGGAGCAUCAGGAGGCGCAAGCAUACGCUGACAAAAAUGGCCUCCUCUUCAUGGAGACCUCCGCCAAGACUGGCCUUUAUAUCGACGACCUAUUUAUGGCCAUUGGGCUGGAAGGAAAAAAAAGAAUUGUCACAGACGACCAAGGGCGUGAGGACGCACUAUCUGGAUUGUGCAGUGUGUGCUUUGAGGUGUGUGUGCAGAUAACAUAUCAGUGAUACACCACAAUAAUCGUCUCUUAUCUAUAAUGAAACAUCUCACUUUGUUGCCACCGUAGACCAUUUACUCAACUGCAGAGAUUACCAGGCGUUUAUUAAAGUUGUUUUGCUUUUUUAUGCAAAAUAUAAUACUCAACACCACAUGGAUAUAAUUUGGAUUUUCUUUCACAAAUAUGCAGGACUUAAUGUGCAUAUUUUCUUGCAUUUUA